AUGGUGCUGCAGAACGACAUCGACCUGCUGAACCCGCCGGCGGAGCUCGAGAAGCUCAAGCACAAGAAGAAGCGCCUCGUCCAGUCUCCCAACUCCUUCUUCAUGGACGUCAAGUGCCAGGGCUGCUUCAACAUCACUACUGUGUUCAGCCACUCACAGACCGUCGUGGUGUGCCCAGGCUGCCAAACGGUGCUCUGCCAGCCAACGGGUGGCAAGGCCAGGCUCACCGAGGGUUGCUCCUUCCGCCGCAAGGGCGACUAA